UACAGGAGAUGACCAGAGACUGGGGACAUAGUACAGGAGAUGACCAAAGACUGCGGACAUAGUACAGGAGAUGACCACAGACUGCGGACACAGUACAGGAGAUGACCAGAGACUGCGGACACAGUACAGGAGAUGCCCAGAGACUGCGGACACAGUACAGGAGAUGACCAGAGACUGCGGACACAGUACAGGAGAUGACCAGAGACUGCGGACAGUACAGGAGAUGACCAGAGACUGCAGACAGUACAGGGGGAUGACCAGAGACUGCGGACACAGUGCAGGGGAUGACCAGAGACUGCGGACACAGUACAGG